AUGGAGUUACAAAUACCUGAUAAUAUGAGAUUUGUUUUGAAUCAUAAUCUUGAUUACGAAUAUUUUAUUCAUCUAACACAAAAUAUUUUUUGGAAAUUUCGACAAAAAGGUAUUGAUGAAUUUGACCAGCGUUUAGCAGCAAUUCCACGCUUUCCUGAAUUAAAAUCUUUUAAAUAUAGUCUUGGUAGUAUUAAAGGUAGUUUUAUAUUAACUACUUUUGAUACAUUUAUUAAUACAUACAAAGUUACACAUCAUUUAGCUUCAGAAGCCAAAAUAAUAUUUGAUAUGUUGAUUAAUUCAUUAAACCAAUAUUUUGAUUUUAUUGAAGAUAUUACUAAAGAUAAUGUUAAGACAACUCUUGUUAAAUGGUAUAUAAAUGCAAUAAUUAGAGAAACAGAUAUUAUACGUGCUAAAAGUAACUAUUAUAGUUCACUUACUUUUAGUAAUAUUACAAUUAAUAUGAAUGAAAAGGAGACUCAAAAUUAUAAUACAUUUGAUAGUACAUGUUUCGCUAAG